AUGUUGUGGACAAAACUUACUACGUUAUUAGCCGCUACCGUUGCAUUCUUUAGUGCUACAGUGCCAUCAGUUAACGCGAAGCCAGUUAAUUAUGUGAACAUAACUUUUGGCAAAUCUCCUGAAAUUAUUAAUAAGCGAGAUAUAAAUGACAAUAAUGAAUUAGUAGCUAGAGGGAAAGAUCGUGGACGUGGUACGGGUACCUUUGGUCGUGGAGGUGUUUUUGACGUAACCUUUGUUGAAAUUCAACGACACUUAUCCGAAGUUCGACAAAUGCUGGGACAAGUUAUGCCUCUACCAGUAAGAAAACGAUCCCACACUAGUCUUAUAUCAAGUGGAAUUCCUUCAAGCCAAUGA